CCGAGGUAUCAUGAGUGCUCCCGCCCGUGAGAGAGACCUCAGGUCAGGAUCUUAUUGCGGCACCCUCUUACGCCAUUAGUGUUAAAAUCCAGUGUCAUGGAAGCGAUAAGCACGUGCUUGGUGGCGUGAUGUUGGUGCCAACCAAACAGCUGAUCGACGGGGGCAGUUCGGUGCAGCCGAUUGACUCCGGGGGGCCCUCCACUUCCUCCUCUAGUGAGGAUAUCCAGAACGUGAGUAGUCACGGAGACCUCCCGCCUUUACCUGAUAGCCCCACCGCCCAGCUCGAUCCGGGUAAGCAAGCCCUAAGAGAGCUCCUAAAGGACAGAAAGACUCAAAAGAAGAGUAAAACUUCGUGCGUGGCGUUGCUGAAGCUGUACACGACCAUCCUCGCGGGGCUCAUGAUCAUCGGAGGGCUGUUCACGCUCCUGUUCCUCGUGCCGAUGAUCAUAGACCCGGCCCUCGCCACCCUCACCUACGACUUCCACCCAACGCCCGUGCUGUGUAUGACCACCUUCGCGGAGUGGGUGGAAGGCCUCAAGAACAUCACGUGGUGUUCGUGCACGGAGGGAUGCACCAGCGACGUGUACAACUGUUCUCAGAUCACAGUCGUGUACAGAAACUGUGUGGAAGGGAACGACUCUGAGACUCGGAGUUUCGGUUGUGACGUAAAUAGCACGAUGAGCAGCACAAACACUUCUUACAUAGACCCAGCUCACUGGGACGUGCUCAACGCCUCUUUGUUCAUUAAUGUCAAGGGCUGCGGCUACCCGCCUGUGGUUAAUUGUUCCAACUUUAUGGACAAUUUCGGCGUUCCGGGGCGCAGAUUCUGGUGCUACUACAGCAAGAUGGAUCCUUACCUGGUGAUGCCCGAGUACGAUCCCCAGCAGGCAGAAAGCGAUCUCAUUCUCUCCUUGGGCUGGACUGUCGGGGCGCAAGUCCUGGGAAUCAUUAUCAUUGCGAUCCUCCACUGCCCAUACGUCGCCUUCUUCAAGAGUCUUUGGCGGAAGCGACGAACUGUCUUGCAGCCAGAGUAA